ACUCCGAGCCAGGGGCUGUUUCAAAGCCAGGUUGCGCAGCUGGGCCAAGAGGACAGAGCCCUGCACAGCCCGAGCAGCCCUCUGGUUAAGGCGGAGGCCGAAGAGGGGCUCCAGGCACCGAUCUUCGCGUGGCCCGGUGCCCCCGCCCCAGAGGCGUCCCAGGGCGCUUCUUGUCCCCGCAGCAGCCACCCCGCCAGAGUCUGCUGCGCGGUGCCUCUAACCCCGCGCUUAGAAGAAAAACUUCGCGUUCGCAGGCUGAACUGCAGCGCCUCUUCCCAAGUGACUCCCGGAGCCCGGCUCUGCGUGAACUUGCAAAGAAUAAUAGUAACUGUUCACUUGAACCAUCCAGAGCGAGGCCAGCGAGGCUCUGCACUCCCGACCCAAACAAUAGCCUCCUCGUUCAGUGCGCUGCAGCGCGCGGUGCCUCCAGGGCUCGGGUGCAGCUAGCGGUUCCCGCGGGGUUCGAAGGCUACCUUAGGCGGCGACAUGGGAAAGGCGGAACGGGCACGGUGGUCCCAGGGCUCGCAGCCUGCGUCCGUGCUUCUGCUGCUCGCGGCGGCCGCAGCGCUGCUGGUCGUGCUGGUCGUGCCGGGAGCGCUCGGCCGCCCGGCCGAGGAGGACGAGGAGCUGGUGCUACCGGCAGUGGAGCGAGACCCGGGACACAGGGACACGCACCUCCGCCUCGAUGCCUUCGGCCGGCAGCUGACCCUGGACCUGCAACCGGACCGCGGCUUCCUGGCGCCCAGCUUCACACUCCAGACCGUCGGGCGCAGACAGGGCUCCGACGUUCCAAGCCCCGACCCCGUGGGCGACCUGGCGCACUGCUUUUACUCCGGCACGGUGAACGGCGACCCCAGCUCGGCCGCCGCUCUCAGCCUCUGCGAGGGCGUGCGCGGCGCUUUCUAUCUGCAGGGCGAGGAGUUCUUCAUCCAGCCCGCGCCCGCCGCCGCCACUGUGCGCCUCACCCCGGCCGCCACCGGGGAGGAGCUGCCGACGCGGCCCCAGUUCCAUCUCCUGCGACGGAGGCGGCGGGGCGGCGGCGGUGCCAAGUGCGGGGUGGUAGACGACGAGACUCCGCUGAGGGGCGUGGGACCAGAGGGCGAGGGCGCCGAAGCACAGAGGCGGCCUAGGGACUCGGAGCCGCAGCGCGAGGGGCAGCCAACAGGAAGUGGAAGCAUAAGAAAGAAGCGCUUUGUGUCCAGCCCCCGUUACGUGGAGACCAUGCUGGUGGCUGACCAGUCCAUGGCGGAGUUCCACGGCAGUGGCCUGAAGAACUACCUUCUCACCCUGUUCUCGGUGGCAGCCAGGCUGUACAAACACCCCAGCAUUCGGAAUUCGGUGAGCCUGGUGGUGGUGAAGAUCCUGGUCAUCUAUGAAGAGCAGAAGGGACCAGAAGUGACUUCCAACGCUGCCCUCACUCUGCGCAACUUCUGCAACUGGCAGAAGCAGCACAACCCGCCCAGUGACCGAGAUGCCGAGCACUACGACACAGCGAUUCUGUUCACCAGACAGGAUCUGUGUGGGACUCAGACGUGUGAUACCCUUGGGAUGGCGGAUGUUGGAACUGUGUGUGAUCCCAGCAGAAGCUGCUCUGUCAUCGAAGAUGAUGGCUUACAAGCUGCCUUCACCACAGCCCAUGAAUUAGGCCACGUGUUUAACAUGCCACACGAUGAUGCAAAGCAGUGCGCCAGCAUCAAUGUCGACCGGGACUCCCACAUGAUGGCGUCGAUGCUUUCCAACUUGGACCACAGCCAGCCUUGGUCUCCCUGCAGUGCCUACAUGAUCACCUCCUUUCUGGAUAAUGGUCAUGGGGAAUGUUUGAUGGACAAGCCCCAGAGUCCCAUACAGCUCCCCUCUGAUCUCCCUGGGACCUUGUAUGAUGCCAACCGACAGUGCCAGUUUACGUUUGGGGAGGAGUCCAAACACUGCCCAGAUGCAGCCAGCACAUGCUCGACCCUCUGGUGCACGGGCACCUCUGGCGGGUUGCUGGUAUGCCAAACCAAACACUUCCCCUGGGCAGACGGCACCAGCUGUGGAGAAGGGAAAUGGUGUGUCAACGGCAAGUGUGUGAACAAAACCGACAAGAAGCAUUUUGAUACUCCUGUUCAUGGAAGCUGGGGGCCUUGGGGACCCUGGGGAGACUGCUCGAGAACCUGCGGUGGAGGUGUUCAGUAUACGAUGAGGGAAUGUGACAACCCAGUCCCCAAGAAUGGAGGGAAGUACUGUGAAGGCAAACGUGUGCGAUACCGAUCAUGUAACAUUGAAGACUGUCCAGAUAAUAAUGGAAAAACUUUCAGAGAGGAACAAUGCGAGGCACACAAUGAGUUCUCCAAAGCUUCCUUCGGGAGUGCGCCCCCAGUGGAGUGGACACCCAAGUACGCUGGCGUCUCCCCCAAGGACCGGUGCAAGCUCAUCUGUCAAGCCAAAGGCAUUGGCUACUUCUUCGUUCUGCAGCCCAAGGUGGUAGACGGCACUCCGUGCAGCCCGGAUUCCACCUCUGUCUGCGUGCAAGGACAGUGUGUGAAAGCUGGUUGUGAUCGCAUCAUCGACUCCAAAAAGAAAUUCGAUAAAUGUGGCAUUUGUGGAGGAAAUGGAUCUACAUGCAAGAAAAUAUCAGGAUCAGUUACUAGUUCCAAACCUGGGUAUCAUGACAUCGUCACCAUCCCCGUGGGAGCCACUAACAUCGAGGUGAAGCAGCGCAGCCAGAGGGGGUCCAGAAACACCGGGAGCUUCCUGGCCAUCAAAGCGGCCGACGGCGCGUACAUCCUGAACGGCGACUUCACGCUGUCCACGCUAGAGCAGGACAUCACCCACAAGGGCAGCGCCCUGCGCUACAGCGGCUCGUCCGCGGCGCUGGAGAGAAUUCGCAGCUUCAGCCCGCUCACGGAGCCCUUGACCAUCCAGGUGCUGACGGUGGGCAACGCCCUGCGGCCGAAGAUCAAAUACACCUACUUCGUGAAGAAGAAGAAGGAGCCGUUCAAUGCCAUCCCGAUGUUCUCGGAGUGGGUCAUUGAGGAGUGGGGCGAGUGCUCCAGGCCCUGCGGACGGGGCUGGCAGAGAAGGCUGGUGGAGUGCCGAGACCUCAACGGGCAGCCCGCUGCCGAGUGCGCCAAGGAGGUGAAGCCAGCCAGCACCAGGCCCUGCAACGACCAGCCCUGCCCCCGCUGGCAGCUGGGGGAGUGGUCGCCCUGCUCCAAGACCUGUGGGAAGGGCUACAAGAAGAGAACCUUGCAGUGCCUGUCCGACGACGGCGGGGUGUUGGCUCACGAGAGCUGCGAUCCCUUAAAGAAACCGAAGCAUUACAUAGACUUUUGCACGAUGACAGAAUGCAGCUAAGCAGGCCCGGCGUGGAGGGAGAGAAGAGGUGAGGAAGGGCUGAGGCAUUGAAAUCAAGAAGGCUGGGCGGAUCCAGUACACCUUGCUGGUGACGUUACAGUCUGUCCCCUGGUGCUGAUUCACUACUUGGUAUCCUGGGGGUUGGGAACCGCAAAGCUGGAGAAAGGUGAGAUUCUUAGUUUAAGGUGUGGCUUACUUUACCUCACUGGCAGUGGAGGGAGAGGAGUGCAAAGAGGAGCUUUGACCAGCACUGUGCACGGUUGCAAUGCUUUCGGAGAAGGUCAUGUCAUCCUCUCUACCGAGAGUUAAGAAUUCAAGAAUGUCCACCCUGGAGAAAAAAGGUUAGCGAUGACAGAUGACUCCAUCAUUUCCUUCUGGUGCCAUUCUCGUGUCUUUGUGCAUUUAUUUUGACGAAGAAACAAUUCUAUGGGUUUGUAAACAUGGGCUAAGUCUCCAAAGGGAAAACAGCAGCGACGUGUCAGGUGCUGGUAAAAACCAGAGGAGGUGCCCCCAGCUCAGUAUCUCCUACCUCCCCCUCCUCCUUGUGUAAGCCUACGCUGGGGAUGUGGAUGUGGAAACUAGUUUGAGUCUCAAGAAAGUCAGCAAGAUCACACACACAAAAAGGCCGUCAUGCCAAAACAAGAAUGGGGUGAGCAGAACCGGUCCCCAGUGUUUGGGGACAGUGAGAUCCUUUGUCUCAUGAUGGGGAAGCUACUGAGGGGUAGCAGGGCCAUCCCCAGCAGCUGGUCCAACAGUCAUAUCCUGGUGAAUGUCUGUUCAGCUCUUCUACUAUGAAAGAAAAUUACUUUUUCCAUAUGUAUAUAGUAAAAUACGUUACUAUAAA